UGCUUUUUCUUUUUUUCUUUUCCUCCCCAAAAUGCAUACGUUGCAUACUUUAAGAAAAAAAGGCUUGGUAGAAGUGGCUGCGAAACGCGAGUCAAAACCAGUAAGACUUUAUUAUGAAGUGCAUGGUGAUGGUCCCGAAACGGUGCUUCUCGUCAUGGGCCUCAGCACGCCAUGCAGCGCGUGGGACAAUCAGGUACGCUAUCUGGGUGAAUCGAAGAAGUAUACCGUGGUGAUCUUUGAUAAUCGUGGCAUGGGCUUGUCAGAUGCACCAAUAGGAUUUUAUUCAACAUCGCAGAUGGCUUUGGAUGCGUUGGAACUUCUUGACUAUCUAGGAUGGGAAAAACGAGUUCAUUUAGUGGGAAUUUCGAUGGGUGGUAUGAUCUCUCUGGAAAUGGUGGAUGCGGCACCGGAUCGAUUUGCCUCCCUGACACUCACAAGCACCGCGGCGAAACGCAAUAUCCCCACCUGGAAAGCUGUGUCGACACUGUCCAAAAUUGCUUUCAUGUAUCGCUAUCCUAAAGAUCAGUUAAAUGCAGGCAUCGAGCUUAUCUACCCCAAGGAAUGGCUGGACCAAAAACCGACGACGAAAACGCAAUACGAUACCAACCGAGAAAUGGCCAUUGACAAUUUCAUCAAAUAUAUUCGUCAGUCACGAUUGCAACCUCUCCGUGGUAAUGUGGGUCAGACCGUCGCAUGUCUACGGCACUACUUUUCAGAUGAACGGCUCUUAGCAAUCAAGAAAUCCGGAUUGCCGGUGUUGAUUGUUACAGGGACGUGGGAUAAUCUCGUGAGACCCGAAUAUUCUUAUCACAUGAAAAAAGUGCUAGACGCUAGACUUGAAUUGUUUCAGGGCAGCGGCCAUGGUAUUCCCGAAGAGCAGCCUCAUCGGUAUAAUCAAUUGCUGGAUGAGCAUUUUACAUCAAGUGUAUCAUCUUCCCCACCUAUCGCAAAAUUAUAAAUACCUCAUUCAGUGCUUAUAUAC